AUGUCCGAAGCUUGCACCGAUGACUAUUGCGUGUGCAAUCCUUACUUAAGCGUCGAUCAAGAGUGCCCCUUUGGAUCAUUUAUCAAGAUUGAAUGCACAAGUGAUGAUACCAAUCCAUCCAAUGCGUCUGUGCUGACCCUUGCUUGUGCCCUUGUAGACAUACAAAAUACCUACUAUCCCGACUCGAAGUGUUUGAUUACAGGCAGUGGAUCGGCAAUAACCGAACUUGCCAUAGUCAGUAACGAAGAUCAAACAAUCCAAUGGAGUUGUGGUGAUGACAUGGGCCUCCCUUGUGUGGACAAUAUUCCUCCUUGCAACUCGAUUGUGAUAAGCGAUUCUCCCACUUUGGCACCUUCCAUGAUGAGUGCACCAUCCGCGAUGAGUGCACCAUCCGCACGUCCCACCGAAGAAGCAUCGGCAGCAAUAGCUGCGAAUCCAAUGUUGGCAUUGUUGUUGGCAUUUUGUGUAUUGGCUUUGGCGAGAAAAUAG